UCAGAAUCUGCAGGGUAUGUUGGCAAAUAAAUGUAGUCGAGUAAAAAGUACUAUGUAGUGGAUUAGAAGUAUAAAGUAGCAUAAAAUGGAGAUACUCAAGUACAAAUACUUAAGUAAAGGUAUUUAGUUGCAUUGCACCACUGCUACAGGCUUGAUUAAACGUCAUCUAACACAAAAUCCCUUAUAAUACUUAAAAUACAGUGGAAGUUGACGCAUUAUUAUAACGUCUUCUUAGUUUCUUGCUUUUAAAAAGGCCAAAAUCGACAAGAAAACGAAGCAUCCGCCCUCCGAGCUACAUGAACUACAUUUCCCAUGAUUCAGCGCUCCGAGAGAGGUCGCCCCUCCCCUUCCCCCCUUUUUUUUAACCCAUGUGAUCGCUUCCGACCAAUGGGGAGUGUCGUUACAGGCGCAAUGCGGUUGUCGGGAUGUAAGGAGGAAUGGCGACGGUCGAGGCGGUUUUGGAUGCCAGAGUAGAGCUGAACGUGACCAAACAGAAGCGGAUCACAGAGUGACUUUGUAACAACUGUCCAGGGACUACAGAUGAAAAAUAGCCUCUUGGCUAACUCUGGCGGGGCUCAUCCCCAUAUGUUCCCAGGGUUUGAAUCCCCUCGCCCCCAGCUAAACUCUUAGUGAUACACAGUCCCAAAAUGGAAACUGAAGUAACGGUGUCCUCCUCAUUGAGCAUGGUGUCAUCCGCAGCCCCGCAGCCUUCGACCGCCCAGGCCAACCUGGCAGCAAAACAGAGAGACAGCAGAAAGACCGCAUCCACAACUCCCGCCUUCCUCUCCAACCUGGGCAGGGCCACCUUACGGGGCAUUCGCAAGUGUCCGCAGUGCGGCGUCUACAACGGCACCCGCGGGCUCAGCUGCAAGAACAAGGCCUGUGGGAUUUCCCUCAGAAAUGCGUCGGCGGCGGGCAGGAACAGCAAGAAGUGUGCAGUGGAGGUGGUGAAAGUGAUAAUAGACAGUGAGGAGAGAGGGGGGAAAGAGCGGGAGGGAGGCGGAGGAGUUCUGGUCGGUGGCUCAGGUGGAGGAGUGCAGGUGUUUUCAGUGUGUCAUAGAGGAAGAGGAGCCACGGCUACGCAGCUGGGCUUUGUUGAACUCGUUCCCACUGAUACUGCUAUAGCGACAGGCGACGGAGCCACCCUGCUCACCAGAAUCAACCUGGGCCGCUGCUUUUUGCCUUCUUGCAGGCAGGGUCAAAGGUCAAAUCAGGGCGAGUCAGAAUCAGCGGUUGCCAGUUCAAAACAGUCCUCAGACAGCCUCUGCAUCCACAUCAAGCAAGCCAUAGAGUGUCGGAGCCGCGCCACCCCGCUGACCUUAAAGAGCUCCGUCUUGGAGGGUUUGCAGGCCUCCAUUCAAGCCAGGGAGGAGCUGUGGAGGCUGGCCACAGAGUCUCCAGGGCCCCUGGUGCAGCGCGUUGCUAAAGACACCCUGGUGGUGAAGUGCCACACAGAUUCCCAGCAUCCUCUGGGCCUGCUGCAUCUCACUGUAGGUGCAGGCGGACUGUCUGAGGUCGUAAAGAGCGAGAGAAGAAGCAGAGAGCAGCAGCAUGCCGUUUUCUACUGUGCCUGUCAGGUUAGCAGCAGCAGAAGAAGUAAACCUGGUGUCGAUGGAGCAGGUGGAUCCACCAACUCUCAUGCUCCUCCCAGCUCGCUCACAUCACAGCCCUGCCUUCACUUCUACGCCUGUGUGUCCGCCUUUGCAAGCGAUGAGAAACUGGCUUCAGAGUUUGCUGCUUUCAUCAACUACACUCCCAGCGGUGUGCAGCAAAACGCUACCGUUCGAGUAAUUAGUCCCAGUGAGAAGCUUCUGCAACAGACCGAACCAGUCAACUCUCAUCAUAAAACAAAGAAACUUCGCCUGGAUGAAUCUCUCUCUGCCCCCUCAGUGACCUCUCCCUCUGGGGUGGGGAAAGAGGGAGUGUCAGCCUCCGGCCUGAGGAAAGCUGGUCAGAGGAAAGCCCCUGGUGGUGGUGGGCUGAAGGCUCCAGGGAGUACCCAGGUUGUGGAUGAGCGUACAGUGACGAUGGGCUUCCACCAGUGGCUGGCCAGUGUCACAGAGAGGAUCCACCAGACAAUGCACUACCAGUUUGAUGGGAAACCACAACCUCUGGUGUACCACAUUCCCCAGGAGUUCUUCAGCGCUCUGCAGCAUCGUCUGUCGCUGGGCUCCAAGAAGAAGAGACUGCCUAACUACACAACAGCGUUUGUGAAAAAUGAUGGAGUUCCUCUCGGCUCUUUCUCCAAGUACACUUGGCACAUCACCAAUCUCAUGCAGGUCAAACGCAUCUUUGACACCCCAGAGUUGCCUCUGGAGCUCUCUCAGAGUUUCGUUAAGAACGUUGAUGGCUCUUAUUCACGUUUUCGCUGCCCCGAGCCUCCGCCUGAACCAGAGUUACCAGAGGGAUACAGGACAGAUCGGCCGCAGGCUAUACGACCGAUGGAGCUCCGCACUUUCCUCAAAGCCGGACCAGGCUCAGCAGAUCAGAAGGAGGCCACUCCGUUUGUGAUCGAGUGGAUCCCGGACGUCCUCCCUCGCUGUCAGAUGGGAGAGCUCAGGAUUAGCUUUGAAUUUGGCCACCAGCAGAGCGGUCAGCCGGAGCACUGUGAGAAAAUUAGUGCGGCAGAGAAAGGAGGUCGUAACAAGUCGGACUCUAGCCAAUCCAAACAGACAAAGCCUGUUGAAAUCCUUCAGGUGGUCGUCUAAUGGCCCUCCAGUCUCCUCCUUAUUAUACAGUAACACAGUGUUAACACCUGCAAUAAUCGCCUCUCUGACAGUUUGUCAUGACACGUAUCUGAUAUGGAUUAAUACGACUCACUGACAGUAUGUGACUUACCCAUAUAGCCAUGUUAUAGUAUGCAAGGUAUGGAUAAUCAGUUUGUCAUAUGAAUUACACAGUAUAACGUUGAUCAACAGCAUUUUUAGACAAUCUAGUCUGUAGUGGUCUGUAGUGGCCUUUUCCUUAAUGCUAAAUGUUCAUAAUAUCAGACUCACAAAGAAAAUAAAAACAACACAGGAUGUUUAUUUUUGGAAAAAUAUCUAUUUUUAAAACAUGUGACCUAAACAUUUUUAUUCAAGACAGAUGAUACAAUCAGUAAGAAUCAUAAUAAAAAAAACAAAACAAAAUAAGAACUUUUUAUCAGUUUGAUAAAACUUUCUUAAAAUCGGUCAGUAAAUGUGCCGGUUCUAUGGGAAUUUUUCUUUAUAAUAUUUCCUAACUUUUCCUAAAGGUGUAAAAACCUGUUUGUGUGUUAAAACUUUCAAAGACAGAUCGUUGUCCUGUUUGUUUUGCUAUGCAAGCAUAAAGAAAAUAAAACACAUUUAAUGGA